AUGGCCUCCCUACCACUCCAGAAGUUUUUAUUGCAGAAACUGGUCACGUUCAUCAAACAUCUCAAACUCCUGAAGUUGUCGGCUAUCAUUCUGUGCAUUCACCGGCACGUCAUCACACUCCUCCGUCGACUACUACAUAGGAUUUCGCACAACCCUAAUAACCAUUUACCAGGACAAAGGUCCAGCGUUGAUAGAAUUAUGGGAGCUACCGAGCCCGCUGUUGAGGACACACAGAACCAGAUCCCAACGGUAACAACACUUGCUGUACGCCCUCCCGAGAGGGAGGAUGCUCCCCCCUUUCAACAUUGUGUUACAUCUUCAGGAGCAAUUACUCUUCGCGCAAUCGUUGCAUCACAAAUUGGUAGAUACGACAGGAAUAUUACUCAAAGUAAAGAUUUCCGUGUGUUCGAAGUUAGCCCAGGGCCAAACAAUUUUACGGAAUCUUCAACGAAAAUUGCCAACUGGUUGCAGCUCACUCACCCCGAGGGCGCCCGCUUCUUCUUUAACCCGCUUCAGAGAGUCUUCACCGAUCAGAAUAUUUUGGAGAAUAACCUUGCACUCGAGAUCCUCGCUGCAGCCGAGCAAGCGAAUCAAAUGGCAGCAGAGAGUGGCAAGGUUUGCGCAACAAUGGAGCUUGCUAUCGAAAAGCUCUCCGAAGGCGUCUUUGGGUACUACUUUGUAGAUCAUGAUGCACGGAUUAUCUUCUGGCCCGAGAUUGUCAAAUCUAGGGAGCUUAUGAUCCAUGUACGAGGGGUCACUGACAAGAAUCACAUUAGAUAUGCAUUGGAGGCGCAAUACUGGAAACAUUGCACCUUGUUCCCGAACAUGCGUGCUCUCCCCGGACAGGUAGUGGAUUAUUUGCGAGAUAUCAUUACUUAUGCUCAUGCCGAAUCAAUCACGUCUCAAACAUCCCUUUCUCCCUUCGACUUGGACGAGCUCUCAAACAUGCUUGAUGUUGUUGAACACGUGAAAGAUAACAUCGAAAAAGUCAACGAGCACUCCGUCUGUAUCGUCGCUCGAUACAUGGAUAUGUUUUUCCGAGCAAAAUUUGUCAACUUCUGUGGGCAGCUUGGUGCCCGUCUUGAUGCUGAUCAAUCGUUAUAUGAUAGUGAUAGCAAGAAGAAGCCCAAGCCCAUCUUAGUUCGUAUUUUGAACGUUGCACUGUUCAACUCUCCGCACAUCCACAGCGAAUCCAUUCACAAUGUUUGGGUGGACAAUACUGUGGUCAAACCUAGAUGGAAGAAGUUCAUCAGCCAAUUAAAUAGCGAGUGGAGCAGUUUCACUGUGUUUUCAACUGUGAUGCUCGCUGUGGAUGUCAGUUUCCUCGCAGUUCCUGGAGUAGAUAAUCCCUCCACUCAGUCAAAACCAGCCGUGACGAUUGUUGUUUACCUGUCAACGCUUUGCGCAAUGGGUUCGCUUGUGAUUUCCCUUGUCCUGGCGGGUCAGGUUAGCGACAGUAGGAGGAGCUCAGCUGGCAGUGUGGCCAAUUUCAUGACUUCGAUGUCCCAAUCGCUCCUUGGCAUCGAGAGCCUCGCCUUUAUGCUCAGCCUACCAUUUGCUCUCCUUAUCUGGGGAAUGAUUUUCUUUGCAAUCGGACUCUCGAUCCUCAUCUUCUAUACUACCGAUAUCGUUGCAUUUAUUGUUGUCAUUCCCAUAUGGGCGGUUGUUGUCCUCCUUACGACAUGGCCAGUCUUUGCAGCUAAUAACUUCCACGUCUCAGCUGUUGCUAUGCGAGCCGUCAAGUACUGGAAAGACAUCAUGAAACACAUGACUAUCGCCCUACAACGCUCUACCUUCUCUUGCCCGCCAACAGAGAAAGAUCUUUUUCAUUCGGAUCCCGUUUAUACCUCCGUCAUCAUGCGGGAAGGAUACAUUCGCAUGUUCAUCUCCUGGUUGAGGCUCAUUAUCAAGACAACUGCAUUUCGAUCGUACGGAAGUCUUCUCUCUAUUCUCCUGCGACUGAUCCGACGCUGUCAAUCUGUCGUGAAUGGAAAGGAGGGGAAUUUUCGAGAGCGGCCCGGUUUAGCAUUGAGCUCUCAGCCAGUGGCCAACGAACCCGAGCCGACGCAUCCUGUGAGCCUUGCAGUGCCAUUACUUGAAGCACCUCUACAAACUCGAGGGUCGCAACCUGGAACGAACGUUCAAAUGCCAAUUCCCGAACCUUAUUAUGAGGGGACGAAUAUCAAUGUCUCAGCUUAUGAUACACAAUCUCCCCAGAACCCCGCUGCGCCGUCCACACCAAUCUCUAUGCCCGAGCCUUAUGAAGGGACCAAUAUCAAUGUUUCAGCUUGUGAUACACAACCUUCCCGGAACCCCGCUGCGCCAUCGCUUCCUACGACGCCAGGACAGACCUUUGAUAUCCUUCUAACUCCCAUUGUACCCGAACCACAGGUCAGACGAUACGAAAGGCAUGUUCCAGUUAACAGCGAGUACAAGCCAUUUGAGGUUAAGAAAGGUCCUUUGGACUGUUCAAAGGAGCUCGCUCCGGUAGAGGGAUGGGAGCCGUUCACGCACCCGGAAGGGGCUUUGUUCUUCUAUCACCCAUAUAAAAGAGCUUUCACCGAUGCCAAUGUUCGAGACUCUGGAACUAGAGACAAAAUAGACAAAGCUGUUAAGAAGGCGUACGAAGAAGCGCGCAACGCAAACAUCCCCUUGGAUUCAUUCGUCGAGCUAGGAUUAGAGCUCAUGGUGGAGGAUGGCGAAGAAAUGUGGGGUUACUACUUUGUUGACCACAAAAGACGUGUCAUUUUCUGGUUUGAAGACUACAAAUUCUUCGAACUUAUGAAUAACGUCCGAGGUGUAGAGCGCAAAAGCCACGUCAAGUAUGCAUUAGAUUCACAGUAUUGGAGACAUAUUGAGCUAUUUCCAAACAAACGCGUCCUUCCGGAAGACAUUGUCGUGACGCUCAAAGAAAUUGUGAUGCAUGCUCAUGCAGAAAACAUCACUUCUGAAACGUGUCUAGCACCUUUUGCUCCGAAUGAGGUUGCAAGUAUGCUUGAACUUGUGAAUCAUCUCAAGGACAGUACUAACAAGGAGCGUGAGCACUCCGUGUGGAUCGCUGCUCGAUUUAUGAGGCUUUUCUGCAACGCAAAGUUUGUGAAUUUCUGUGGACAACCAGGUGCCCGACUUGACGUAGAUCAAUCGUUAUAUGGAGAACAUGAAACUCGCUCGAAAAAGAUCAUUCUUCGCAUCAUGAAUGUUAUUCUGUUUGCAUCCCCAGAUGCUCAAAGCAAGAAAAUUCACAGGAUAUGGGUCGAUGAAACCAUCGUUCAACCGCGAUGGAAGGACUUUAUCAAUAGGCUCACCACCGAAUGGAAUGGAUAUACAAUAUUCUCUACUGUGAUGCUCGCUGUUGAUAUCAGUUUUCUCGCGGUCCCAGCUGUCGCGACUCAAACGCCCGCGAUCGUCCUAGCAUAUCUAUCUUCCCUCUGCGCUUUGGGCUCCUUAAUGGUCUCACUGAUCUUGGCUGGACAAGUUAAUGACAGCCGGCGAGGCUCUGCUGCAGACGUGGCCUCUUUCAUGGUAGGGAUGUCGGAGUCCAUUCUUGGCCUCGAAAGCCUUGCCCUGAUGCUCAGCCUGCCGUUUGCACUUCUGAUUUGGGGAAUGGCAUUCUUUGCUGGAGCAUUGUCCACCCUGGUUUUCCGCACUUCUGGCGUUGUCGCCCUCUCGAUUGCAUCUCCAAUUUGGUUCGCCGUAUUCAUCCUAGCGACGUGGCCCGUACUUGCCGCCAAUGAUAUUCACAUUUCUAACCUGAGGAUCUGGAUCAUAAAACAAGUCUUACCUCAGGCUGCGGGUCCCAUCAUCUCUCAUGUCUAA